AUGGCAGACAUCUUUGAUGAGUUUCCUCAUAUACUUGUUCCGGUUACUUUCUCUAAUAAUGAACCAUAUAACUACCUAAUUAGAGAAAAGCAACAAUAUAACUUUGAAAAACUUACAGCAAUUAUUGAAAAUGAACUUCUACUUUUGAAUGGUGAUACUAUUCAACUUCCUCAAGAAAUUGUUUUGCCGACCCAAGAUAUAAAUGCUUUGAUCCGCUUUAUUUAUCCUGACUUCUCUGCAGAUUCGGAUCCUCAAUACUUAGUUGAGCACGCAAUACUUGCUCCAAAAAAUGAACAUAUCAAUGCUAUUAAUGCUGCUAUUAUGAACCAAUUUCCUGUAGAUGCAGUCGAUUAUUUUAGUGCAGACAUAAUUGAAAGUCAAACAGAUUCAGAGCACCAGUAUCCGAUAGA